AUGACGGCGGACGCCCUCACGGCAUUCCUGUCGGGUGACUUUCCGGCUGCAGAAGCUGCCGUUACCCAAUUGCACUUGGAUGGCAUGUCCGACCCACGCGUGCAACACAAUCUCCUCGUCUCCCGUUUCUAUUCAAAACGAAAUCAGUCCCAGUUAGACGCUCUUGUCGAAUUCGUGGCGCAAAAUCUCUCCGGUGCUGGGGACGGCCCCAAGCUUUCAAAAACUACUUUCUUCAAAGAAGUUGCCACCGAUCCGAGCAUCCUAAAGCCCCUCUACGCUAAUGUUGGACCGGUGGCACUGUAUAACGUCGCUGUAAUAGCGUAUGUUGAAGGUUAUCUCCCAUCUGCUGCUGUGCUUGGCGGACUUUUGUAUUCGAAUGUCGAGGCGCUGGAUGACUGGCUUGCUCUGAAAACGUGCUUUCUCUUGGCUGAUGUGCACCUGAGGCAAGGUCAUGUGGAAGAAGCUAGUGCUGUUGCCGCGUACUCGGAGCGACUUAUUCCGUCGUUUACUCGCUCAUCGGGGGAUGAAAACACAGAGCUGUCUGAGAUACCACAACUCGCGCCGAACUGGCCUGGCAGGGAAAAGGCCAUUUUGGAAUCACCAGCUUCAUACGAAGAGGCAAAGUUCUGCAUGCAUAUCUACAACGCACGACUCAGUGCGAAUAGCGAUUCACCGAAGAACAUUAGGAAGGAAGCGAAAAGCGCCGUACUCGCAGCCGAUGAUACCGACAGUAGGCCGACAGCUGCGGCCUUGCUUGUCAAGGCGCGUGUUGAGCAGAGUGAGUCGAAGGGACUGAAAAUUCUGGCAAGCGUGGGAAACCAGUCCCCUCCGCACAUCAAGAAGAAGAUUCGACCCCUUGCUUUGAACAGUUUGGGAGUUCUCCAUCACAAAUUAGGCCGACAUGCGCUUGCGGCGUGCUAUUUUGAACAUGCGAGGAAGGCUUUUGUUGCUCUUUUCGAGGCUGAAACGAAGGAUGGCGCGGGCGACACAAACGAGCAGCCCGAAGUGAACUUGUCCAUUCUGAGCUCCGCCAAAGACUCUCACGUCAGCUAUAAUUUGGCGUUGCAGUAUAUGAAACUUGGAGACUAUGCGAGAGCACUAGGGCUGCUCACUAUUGCAGCGCGAAGGGAUUUCACGCUGGCAUCCGAGUCACCAAUGCUUUGGAUUCGAAUGGCGGAGUGCUGCGUGGCAAUGGAGGCAAAAAACGAUCAAGCGCGCCAGUAUCUAGCUGUAGAGGGAGUUGGGAGGGGCCGUCGCAUGGUCAUGUGCACAGACGAGAAGGAUGAGAGCCUGGGUAUGGAAUACGCUUGCACUUGCGCGAGAGCUGCGAUCGCCAUUAUGGACCGGAAAAGGGGGACACAAGACACACAGGCGUCAAGUCCCCAAAAAGGGCGUCGUUAUUCUGUUAUUUCAGAUGCAAACAAGGAAGAAAAGGGUGACAUCGUUGAGUCCGCUUCAAAUGUAGAUGACAUGACAUUGCGCAGCGCAGCUCUAUGUCUGCUUGCGUACUCGGGCUUAUCGUUUGAUCCUCACUCUGUACUUGACGCUUGUGAGCAAUUAGCAAAACUUUUUCCCCACGGAGAAAACGACCGAGCAAUUCUUGGACAUCUCUACGCAGCGGAAGCACUAUGCCAACUUGGCCGGUCUGAGGAGGCUGCUGAUAGACUGAGGCACCUCCGAGGCAUGAAGGCAUCCAGUGACAUCCAUUUCAAGGAGGCUGCGUGUAUAAAUAUGGCACUAGCUCAUGUCAGCGGUGGGGACCUGAACAGGGCGUCACGUGCCGCGAGUGAUGCCGCAAAUAUAGUACUCAAUAAGCAGUCUCCUGAACAUGUGCGAAAGCAGGCGGCCUUCACAGCUGCGUAUGUUUUCUUACUUUGUGGAGAAAAAGAUUCGGCUCGUAAGGUUUUACGCUCGUUUCGUGCGCCACCAGAGUAAUAUCUGGAUCCAUGCUAGUGAAAAGGCGAAUAAAUUGAGCCAGUCUCUUUGCUGCCUCGUGCUGUCCGCAGAGGAUUCA